AGUACAGUCCUACAACCAACAAGGAAAAAGAAAAUAGCAAAGGGCAAAGAGGACUUUUCACAAGCAACUCCGUGCAUCUUCUCCGACAACGUAAGAUGAUGAUCUAGCUGGAACUCUAAUCUGUCUUCUGUUCGUUACCGAAGCUUCUGGAAGUAUCGUUAACCCGAUCUCCUCGGAAAACGUGUAGAAUGUCGUCACCGGACAUAGCUGAAAUGUUGGAGAAAUCAAAGGAGCUUGAUCGUUUAAGGAAAGAACAAGAGGAAGUCCUCCUUGAAAUCAAUAAGAUGCACAAAAAACUUCAAUCCACUCCAGAAGCGGUUGAGAAACCAGGUGACAAUUCCCUAUCAAAACUUAAGAUGUUAUACACUCAAGCCAAAGAGCUUUCCGAGAGUGAGAUGAGUAUCUCCAACCAGUUGUUAGGCCAGCUGGAUGCAAUAAUCCCUGCAGGAGGUGCUGGGCAACAACGAAGAAGGAUAGAAGGCAACGAGCAGAAAAAGAAGAGGAUGAAAGGUGACUCCGACAUUCCAAGGCUCUCUCCUUCCGUGCGAAAUCAGCAGGAGUUCUUUGCUAGCCUGAAGGGUGAACAAGUGGCUGCUAGAGUCGCGCAAGAAGAUGGUGAAAAGGAUGAGUGGGUCAUUGUUAAAGUUACUCAUUAUGACAAAGAAUCAAAGAAAUUUGAAGUUCUAGAUGAGGAGCCAGGCGAUGAUGAGGAAGGCGGUGGCCAGAGAAAGUACGAGCUACCCUGGUCACGUAUUAUACCUUUUCCCAAGAUAAGUGAUCUUGCAACCGCUCAAGAAUUCCCUCCUGGAAAACAAGUUUUGGCAGUUUACCCAGGAACCACAGCCCUGUACAAAGCCACAGUUGUCCAGGCCCGCAAGAGGAAGACCGAUGAUUACACGUUGGAGUUUGAUGAUGACGAGGAAGAUGGGUCUCUACCUCAACGCUUGGUGCCCUUUAACCAGGUUGUUGCUCUUCCAGAUGGACAUUGCCUGUGAAAUAUAGCUAUUUAUGACUCUUGACACGUCCAGAGUUGCUAUAUUUGGUCCAUCUGCUGUAUGUAUCUAGUAAUCUUAUAAGGGCGAGCUUUGAACCUAUUCACUUAUCUAGAAGAAAAAAACAUUAUAUUCGUCGUACAGCGUAUUUAUCAAAAAAAUAUUUGUUGUACGAUUUGUCUAAUAUUCUAGUGUUCUCCGUGUACAGUAGUUGGACAUGAAAAUAAAAUCCUACCUUUAACUUUGUACUGUGUU